UGGGUCUCCGGCUCCGCCGCCGCCGCCGCCCAGCCGGGCAUGUGCCCGCUCCUGCCGCAGCUGCCAUGGCCCAGGCCGGAGGGGAGGUCGCCCGGGAGCUGCAAGACAGCAUCCGGAAGUCCCUGAACCGGCCUCCCAUCCACCUCCUGGUGAGGGUGAAGCUAGAAACCAAACCCAAGAAAACCGAAGACCGGGUGCUGGUCCUGACCACCUGGCGUAUCUACCUGUUCGGGCUCAAGGUGCCAGCCAAGAUCGAAUGCUCUUUCAAUGUGUUGGAGAUCCGUGCAUUAAAUGCCCUGAAUCACAACCAGAUCCUCGUGGAGACAGAGAAAGCCACCUACAGCUUGAAAUUCCCCACCUCGGAAAGCGCUGACCAGGUCACAAGACACGUUAACACUGCCUUAGCCAAAAUAUUCCCAAGCCCGGCCUCUGUCUGCUUGAUACGCCAUGGGAACGCCGAGACCCCAGAGACACCACGGGACAUGUCCCCCCACUCGGAAAGCUCCAAUUCCACCACCCACAGUAUCUGCGGCGGCUUCUCGGAGACGUAUGCAGCGCUGUGUGACUACAACGGGCACUGUUGCCGAGAGGAGGUCCAGUGGGACGUCGACACAAUUUAUCAUUCCGAAGACAAUCGGGAGUUCAACUUGCUUGAUUUCUGUCACUUGGAAAGUAGGGACCUGGCGCUGAUCGUGGCUGCGUUGGCGUACAACCAGUGGUUCACCAAAAUCUACUGUAAAGAUUUGCGGUUGGGCUCAGAGGUCACCGAGCAAGUUCUGCACACGGUUAGCAAGUCCCAUCACCUGGAAGAGCUAGUUCUGGACAAUGCGGGGUUAAAAACAGAUUUUGCCUUGAAACUCUCCUGCGUUUUGGCAGAGAACCCGAACACGACUCUCCAUGCCCUGACGCUCUCCCACAACCCGCUGGAGGACAAAGGUCUCAGCGCCCUGAGUCAGCAGCUGCUGUGUUUCCACAAGGGCCUCAGCAAACUUUGCCUUUCCAAGACCAGCAUCACCGCUAAGGGACUUGCCAUUCUGUGCCAGACAUUGGGUGCCAACCCGGCUUUCACCAGUACCCUCCGCCAUCUUGACCUAAGCAAGAAUCCAGGGCUGCUUGGGACCGAGGAAGCAAACGGCUUUUAUUCCUUCUUGGCUCAGCCCAAUGCCCUGGUUCACUUGGACUUGUCCUCCACAGACUGUGCAGUGGAUGCACUGUUCGGGGCACUCUUGCACGGCUGUUGCCCACGGCUUAGCUACCUCAAUCUCGCACGAAACACCUUCUCCCACCGGAAAGGAAAGGGGAUGCAACCCUCCCUAAAGCAGUUUUUCUGCAGCGCCUAUUCCCUCAGCUACGUCAGCCUCUCGGGUAUCAAAAUGCCCGUGGAGGCAUUAAGGUCUCUUUUCCAAGGCUUGUCCGCCAACACACACCUCAGCGAACUUCACUUGGACUUGAGCGGAUGCGAGCUGCGCUCCCCGGGGGCCCAGGUGCUUCAAGAGCAGCUGUCUGGCAUUAGCGCCUUGAGCAGCCUGGAUCUUUCUGACAAUGGCUUCGACGCAGACUUGCUGACCCUGGUCCCGGCCCUGGGCAAGAACAAGCUGCUGAAGCACCUCUGGCUGGGCAAGAACUUCAACGUCAAAUCCCGGACCUUGGAGGAAAUAUUGCAAAAGAUUGUGCAGCUUAUUCAAGAGGAAGACUGCUCCCUGCAGUCUUUCUCAGUGGCCGAUUCCCGGCUGAAAACCCGCACCAGCAUCCUCAUCAAUGCUCUGGGCAGUAACACGUGCUUGACCAAGGUGGACCUGAGCGGGAACUGCAUGGAAGACAUCGGGGCCAAGAUGCUGUCGAAAGCCCUGCAGAUCAACAGCACGCUGAGGAGUAUUUCCUGGGACAGGAACAACACGACCGCACAAGGCUUCCAAGACAUCGCCCGGGCCUUGGAGAACAACUACACCCUCAGGUUUAUGUCCUUCCCCAUGAGCGAUAUCACUGCAGCUUAUCGCAACACCCCCGAGCGGACGGACGAAGUGUGGCAAAAGAUCCAGUGGUGUCUUCUCAGGAACAACCACUCGCAGAAGCUCCCCCAGGACCAAGCCUUCCGCCUCCACCAAGGAAUCGUCACCAAUAGCGCCGAGCAAAUGAUGAGCCGCUUGUGCGUCAGGGUCCAAGAAGAAGUGCGGGUGCUCCGGAGCUGCUCAGUCGACACUGUCCAGGAGGAGGUGCUGUAUGCGCGGGAGCUCAUGAAGGAAGCCAAGAAUUCGCGGGCGCUCUUCCCCAGCCUGUACGAACUCGGGCACAUCUUGGCCAGCGACGGACCGGUCCGACACAAACUGGAGUCAGUAGCCAGCGAGGUUUCGAAGGCCGUGGACAAAGAGCUGCAGGUGAUCUUGGAGUCUAUGGUAGCCCUUACGCAGGAGCUGUGCCCACAUGCCGUCCAGGCCGCUGAGGAUCAUAACAAGAUGUUGGCGGCCGUUUCGGAGCGUGUCACCGUCCCCCGAAAUUUCAUCCGGGGAGCUCUGCUGGAACAGGCUGGCCAGGAUAUCCAGAACAAACUCAACGAAGUGAAGCUCUCUGUCGUGACGUAUCUCACUAACACCAUUGUGGAAGAAUUGCUUCAGGAACUCUACCACGCUCACAAGAACCUGGCCCAGAACAUCAUUCACCUCCGACGACUUUCUGGGGGUCAAGAGAACGCCACCUUCCCAGAAUACCUGGGGAAGCCCCGUCUCCGCGACCACGAGGAGACCACCGAUGAUGAACUUGGCUCCAGCAUUGAUACCAUGGCCAUCAAGAGACAAAAGAACUGCCGGAGAAUCCGUCCUGCCUCUGCCUUCAUUAGUGGUUCAGAACAGGAUGGAGAGCUGAUCGUUCCCAGUAUGGACUCCCCUUUGGGUUGGAUCUCCCUGGCCAGCGGUAGCCAGUAUUCCCGGUCCUGCAGCACAUCUUUCGAGGCGCUCUGUGACCUGCCGACGGAGGGCCUGCGGCUGGAACACCGCACCCGCAGCAGGCCUCGCCCUCCUCGCACGGCUUCGAACAGGAGCUUCCGUUCCAACGUGAUGCCUGCUCCAGCCCGGGAGCAGGAGAAUGGGUCUGUGCCACAGCUGGACGAGGGCCUGGAUGAAUUUUUUAACAGAAGGGUACUUGCUGACAAUACCAGCUAUCCCAGGACACCGAAGAGUUGCGGAGUGAGGCCGGGCCCAUCGGACCCCCACCCGACUCUGCAGAAGAAGAGGAGGAGGGGCCUCUUCCAUUUCCGGAGGCAUCGCAGCAUCAAGGGGGAUCGGGACCCAGAUGAUUUGCCCCCGAGUCCUCCCCCACCACCCUUGGGUGGGGACGAACAGAAGCCCCCGCCUUGCUCUGAAGAAGAAAGGAAGCUAGGACAAGAUACCCUUGGGAUGACAGUGGUUCCUCCAGGAAUGGGGGCCGCAGCCCUGGGAAGCGGGGUGAAGGGUCUACCGAGCCGAGUGAGACAAGGUUCCUAUCCCGACCCAGAGCGGACGGAGCCGGAUUCCAAAGGGGCAGAGCUCCUGCAGCCUUCUCGGGUUCAAGGUGUGGCAUUGCCGGGAAUGGGGCGCGCAAAGGGGUGGAGCCUGGAUGCCAAGCUAGAGAGCGUGGACCUGGAACGCGGAGGGAGCAUACGGGACCAGCAGAGAAGACGCUCCUCGGAUGACUCAGGGCACGGCAGCUGGAGACCCCAUCCCCCCUCACAGAGCACCAAGCCGAGCUUCGCCACCAUCCGUCGGGCUGAAGCCACCUGGGACAUUGCUGAAGAGAGUUCCCCGCGGGAAACCAGGGGGAAGGACCCCCAGCAAGAUCCCCCCCAGGACGGAAGGCAGAGUGGGGCAGAUGAAAGUGGGGGUUUGCCGAUCCUCAGCUCCGAGAAGGAGAGUCUGACGGCACCAGUGAAGCAAUUCAGGGAUUCCUCGACCGCCCCACGGCCUCCCAAACCCGUCGCCCUCCCCCGGGGCCGGAAACCUCCCAGCCAACCCGAGAGAAGCCGAAGCAACGAGGAAGCGGGCCUAGCCGGAGGGGCCACCCCGGAAGAUACACGUACGUCACCCCCAAUAGCCCCGCCCCGCCGCAGACCCAAGGAACUGGAGAAUGAAGGGGACCCUGAGGUGGGGAGGAAGGCAGCCCCUCUCAAACCAAAGAGGACGCGGCGAGCACAGUCGUGUGACAAACUGGAUUCAGAUCGAGGCCGACAUCCGGGCUCUGGAGGUGCCAGGGACACACCCCUGCCUGACCCCCCUCCACCCCCUCCGGACUGCAGCCUGCCUAACUGGAAAUCUCGCCCUGCCGUUCCCCACCCUCUCCUUCUGGCAGACCGGACUGCGGGAACUCCCGGUUCUGGGGCAGAAUGA